AUGAUUGACAGAUUUAAUGACUUGGCACGUCGGCCACACUAUUCCAAUCUCAACGUGGAAAUGGAAGAUCAAAAUAUUGACCACACUGCCCACAGUGAUGACACUAAAGAAUUGGGCAAAUUCAUGGAAGAAUAUUACAGUGAAGUUCAAGAAAUUAGAGAAAAUAUUCAAAAAACAGAGACCAAACUUGGCGAGUUGCAAAAACUUUACAAUCAAUACUUGAGUGCCAUUAUUGCGGAGGAACAGAGAACAUUGAAACAACGCCAAAAAAUGUUGAUUGAAGAAACUGGUCGUAGUGUUCAAAAGAUUCAAACCGAUUUGAGAAAUAUGCAUGAUAGAACUCAACAAAUUGAACACGAAGAAAAUGCAAACUCACCUGCUGUGAGAAUUCGUAAACAACAACAUGCAUUGCUCACAAAGGAUUUCAUCAGUGUCUUGAAUUUAUAUCAAGAUUUGCAACAACAAUUCAAAUCCAACUACAAGAAUAGAUUGAAGCGUAUUUUGAAAAUUGUCAACUCGAGCUCGGGAAAUGGCAAUGAUGAAGAUUUUAACAAAACCGUCGAUGAAAUGGUUGAGAAAAAUACUUUGAAUCCAAGUGACCUGAUUCAACAAUCCAUGGAUGGUCUCACAUCGACACAAACUGCCACACUCGAUGCCUACUACAAUGAAGCAACAGAAACUCACGAUGACUUGAAACAAAUCGAGUACUCACUGAGACAAUUGCAUCAAAUGUUUAUGGAUUUUGCUCUCUUGGUUGAACAACAAGAUGAAUUGAUGGACAAUAUUGAAUACAAUGUUGCCAGUACUGUAGAAUAUGUCGAAAAAGGUAUUAAGGAUAUUAAGAAUGCUCGAAAGAAUCAAGGACGAAGCAGAAAAUGUCUCGUGAUUAUCAUCAUUGUCAUUGUUAUUUUCACAGUGAUAUUAGCAAUUUUAUUAGCUGUUGGUAUUCCACUUGGUUUAUCCUUGGCUGGUGUCAUUAAGAGAUAG